AUGCACGACUCGAGCAGGCCCCCCUCGCUGACGUCUACCGUCAACGCAUCCAUUCUGGCCACGGCCGACAUUGCGCCGCCCACCCUUGCUGGGCCUACCUCGCUUGUCCUCGCCGCUACGGGGCCGCGUGUGUCCGGUAGCACCAAGCGCCGGGUGAUGGCCGACGUCCUCGCCUCGCUCGCUGUGCCGGACGUGAGCUACGUCUCCCCGCUGGCGGCCAAGGUGCCUCGGCCGCUCCCAGAGCUGCUAGACGAGAAGCCCGAACUUGCUGCACGCAUCACGCCCGCUGGUCCACUUGCCGACGUCGUAGCCGCCAUUGCUUCCUCGGCGCCGCACUUGGUGGCCGAGCCGCCGCGGCCGAAAAAGGUCGUGAAAUCUGCCGACGACGAAGACUCCCAGCUCGCCAAGGGCAAGGGCAAGGGCAAGGGCAAGCGCCGCAAAAAAGCUCGCAUCCGCAACAUGGCCGAGACCCUUUGUCCGGCCCCGGCCAGCGCCCCAUCCCCGCCGCCAUCCGACGCGUCGGCCACCGGUGUCGCCGCGUCGCCGUCGCCGCCGCCGGCGCUCCCCGCCACGUCGCCGUCGCGCCGCAAGCGCAAGGGCAAACCGGCUCCAGCAUGGCCGCCGCUUGCCAACGCCGUCCCGCCAUCCGACUCGGGCUCCGGCUCCGGCUCCGGCUCCGACUCGGGCGUUGCCGCCAUGGACUACGGAGGCUCGCAUCACAACGGCCCGGGCCCCGAUGCGCUCCUUGCCUCGGCCCCGUUUGCCAAGUUCACCCCACUCCUCGACGACCUCCUCGAGCACGAGGAGCUCGUGCGGAGCGCGCCGCACGAGCUGCAUGCCCACUUUCCGGCCGUCAAAAUGGCCUCAUUCCGCGCCGCGCUCGCCACCCUCGCCCGCCAGCGGCUCCUCGCCCGGGCCCCACUUGACAUGCUCCUCCGCCUCACCGCGCUCCUCCGUGGCGUCUUUGAGCCAGCGUCAAGCCUCGUCCUCUCGCUCGAUGCCCAGUCCGCCAACGCUCCCCUCCACCCACACCUCGCGCUCGCCCUCGAGGCCCUCCUCACUGUCCUCGCCAUCAUGACCGCCCCCGGCAUUCCGCGCCAGCUUCGCUCCGAGGACCUCAUCGAAGCCGUCCUCACCUUUACGAAGACCCAUCUCCGCGUCAACAUCUUCCCCGCCCACGACAUCUCGUACCUCCGCCCGUCGUCGGCCUCUGCUUCCGCCAACACGCUCUACACCGGUCGGAGCGACGGCGAGUCGGACGACGACGAUGACGUCGACGACGACGACGAUGGCGUUGGCGACCAUGCGUCCGACGACAACAGCAGCGCACCUCUCGCCGCUGGUGGUGCUCGGGGCAAGGCGCCGCGCGCACGCAAGGCCGCCAAGCUCCGCACCGUCAACAUGCUCACCACCAAGAUCAUCGACGCCUUUGCUGCCUGGCGCGCCCUUGUUCAGCUCACCACUCACUCGGACACCGUCGUACUCGGGCUCACCUCGAUGAUCCUCUCAACUUUCUUUGUCGAGGGCGUCGCGCCACUCCAGCUCGCCACCCUGCCGGUCAUCCAGAGCAUCUUUGCCCGCUACCCGCUCCACAGGCUCACCAUUCUCGAGGACAUUCUGACAUCGCUCGACAAACUGCCGGUCUCGCGGCGCGGGCUCCGGUCGUACCGCAUCGAGCAUGAGAUUGUGCCGUUUCUCCCGGGCUCGGCGGCAGCGGCAGGCUCGCCGCCGCGUGCCAUUCAGAUGGUCUCGGCCCUUGUCAUGCUCCUCCUCCAGUCGUGUCCUGUACUCUCGGCCAAGGUCUCCCACGGUGACGGCGACGACGACGGCGACGACGAGAACGGGUCGGUAUCCGACGACGAGGCCAACAGCGUUGCUCUUGCCGAGGGUUCAACCUACGCGCACGCGCUCGCCUCGGGCCGCGCCUUUGUCGAGCUCUUCCUCAACAAGGCCAUCUCGGUCCUCGGCGGAGGCGGCCCCGGCUCACCAAACAAGCGCACCCGCAAGGCCGAUCUCGCCACCGACUACAAGGCGCUCUUUGACAACUUUGUCGCUGAUGUCCUUGCCGUUCUCGACCACCCCUCGUGGCCGGCCGCCGAGGCCCUUGCCCGCUUCAUCUCGGUCACGCUUGCUUCGCGCUGCGCUGGCAACCGCGGCAUGGUGCCCACCGCUCAGGCUGCGUUUGGCAUCUCGCUCCUCGGCCGCGUCGCCGCCACCCUUGCCGCCCAUGCCGCCGCCGCCAUCCCCGCCGUUGUCGCCCCACACGCCGCCGCCACGUCGGCAGCCGCCGCGCCUGCUGAAGACGACCACACCAACGGCACACCUUCCAUCCACGCCUCGCUUGCAAAGCUCGAGCGCUCGUCAUCGUCGCUCUCCUCGGGCCUCCCUCCUGCACUGCCGUCGUCGCAGGGCGACCCGGCUCAGCUCGGCGAAGACAUCUCGUGCGUCGAGUGCGCCAUCGAGUACGUUGGCCAGUUCAUGAUUUCCUGCGACGAGUGCGCCCGCUGGUUCCACGGGAGCUGCAUCGGCCUCGCCGAGGCCGACACCCCGCCUCUCUUCUUCUGCGACGCCUGCCUCAUCACCGCGCUCGCAGACGAGCUUGCCGCCUCUGCUCUCGCCCGAGAGGCCAAGCGGCUCCAGUCGCGGCUCCGCUUGGUCCGCCUCGGCGGCGGAGACGCCAGUGCCGUUGCCGGCCUCCAGGCCAAGCUCACCGCCCUCGGCGCCACCACCAUCCCCCCGCCACGCGACCUCGCCCAGCACGUCCUCCUCGCCAACGCGCUCGCCAUCCAGGCUGCGUCGGCGCCGGCCGCAAAGUUUGCGCGUCUCUACUACCUCGCCCAGUGGGAGGCGAGCUCGGAGCUCCCGCCGAUGCUCAAGACCGUGUACCAUGAGCUCGCCGCCAUCGACGUCUCCACUGCCGACUUUCGCCCCGCAAACAUGCGCUCGCGCAAGUCACUGCUCUCGGCACUCCGCCCUUCGGCUCCUGGCGGGCUCCGCCGCUCGCAGUCGGACGCCGGCGCCGAGUCGGUGCUCGCCGGCGCCGCGCGCGCCUCGCUUGAUCCGGCCUCGCCCACCCUGCUUGUUCCCUCGCUGCUCGGGACCCAGCAGCUGGCGAUCAGCCUCGCGCUCAACCGCCCGCUCGCCCGCUCGCUCCCGCCCCUUCUCUCGGCGCUUGUUCUUGCGCUGCAGGACUCGUCAACCUCGCUUCGCACCCAGGCGCUUCGUGCCGUCGCCGCCGUCGUCAAGACCGCCUGGUCCCAUUUUGAAGUGCCACAAGUCCGCUCCGCCGUCCUCGGCCGCAUGCUCGACGAGUCGGCUCGCGUCCGCGAGACCGCGCUCGACCUCCUUGGCGAGGCGCUGAUGCAGGUGCUCGACGCGCGCGCUGACCCGCUUCGCCGGUCCCGCAAGACUGGCAUGUACAUUGUCGACUCGGACGACGAGCGCGCCGCUGACGAUGAGGUUUCAGGCCUCGCCUCUGCAUUGCCCUCGCUCGACGCGCUGCUCUCGGCCAUGGCCUCGCGCGUCCUUGAUACCGCCGUCUCGGUCCGCGUUCGCGCCAUGAAAGUCCUCGGCCAGUUUGUGGCCAAGUCGCCGCGCCAUGCCUCGGUCCCCUGGGUCCUCAAGCGCCUCGCCUCGCGCAUCCACGACGAGGAGGAGUCGGUCCAGGACAAGACAAAGGCUCUCUUCCGCUCGCUCUGGCUCGAUGACAACUCACCGCUCCCGCUCCGCGCCCGCAUCGGCCAGAUCCUGGCCCUCGUCGCCAUCCUCUCCGACGAUGACGCUUCCGCAAACGACAACACCGACACCGAGACCUCGUCGGUUCUUCUCGCCGCCUCCUCGGCCCAGUGGUUCAUCGACCUCAUGGCUGAGCUGGUCGGCGCCCCGCCGUCCCCGCCAGCCCGCGGCCUUGUUUCCCAGCUCGUCGACGAGAUCCUUGCCCACGACCUCUCCGGCUUUUCACCCAAGGUCCGCGCCGCGCCGCUAGUUGUCCGCAUGCGCGCUCUCUUUCUCAUCGCCCAGGGCUCGCCAGCCGCCGCCGCUCCGCACGCCGCCCAGCUCGCGCCGUACCUCCGGGUUGCUGCCUCGGGCGCCUCGACGGAGGCUCUCGCUACCCUCGCCCUCGCCGCCGAGAUCCUCGCCCUCGCCCUCCCGGUCAUGCCACGCCCGGCGGCCUCGUUCGCUUCGCUCGCCGAGACCGAGCUCACUGCUGCGCUCUUCCAAAAGCCCGCCGACGUCAUUCCGGGCGUGGCCAAGGCACUCGCCGCCCUCACAACUCACGUCACCCGCUCCGCGGCCCGGCUCCGCGACGCCGUCCUCGGCAAGUUCUACGCCUUUGCCUCGCAGUGCGCCGGCCUCCCGCUCCACCAGCUUACCGAGAAGGCGCGCCGCAACCUCCAACGCGCCCUCUUUUGCAUGGGCCUCCUCGUCCGCCACUACGACUUUGAUGCCACUCUGGCGUCCGCCCCGCUCGCAUCCUCGCCAUCCUCGGUCUUUGCCCCUGCUCGACCCGACGAGGACGCCUCACCGGUCACCGCCGUCUACGAGCUCAUGCUCCAGUUUACGAGCCAUCCUGACGCCAACGUCCUUCUCCGCGCCCUUCAAGCUGCCGGCAACGUCUGGAUCCGCAAGCCGUCGCUGCUGGAAAAGACCUCGCGCGCAGGCGCGCUCGCCAAGUGGCUUGCACCGUCGACGCCGCAUCGGAUCCACUCGACCAUCCUCCGCUGCUUUGCCCAGCUUCUCGCGGCCGAGGAGCAGGAGCGCUCGUCCUCGCACCUCGUCGCUUCCACCAACGCUGCCGCCGUGACCGGCAAGGCGCUCUCGCUCAAGGCUGCCGCGCUCGCCAAGCGCGGGACGACCGCCAAGCGGGCGUGGAUGGGAGGCCUGACCAUGGACGACGAGUCCGACACCGAGCUCGCCUACAUCUCGGCCUCGUCGGGCGUACUGCAGACUCACUUUGACGCCGUGCUUGCGCUUGUCGCCUCGCCGGUGGCCCAGGUCCGCGCCGCCGUCCUCCAGGUCCUCGGCCUCCUUCUUCGUCAAGGCCUUGUCCACCCCAUCAUCGCUGUUCCGCCGCUCAUGGCCGUCGCCUGCGCCCGUGCCUCGUCCGCAACCCUCGCCGACAUGGCCUUCCGCCUCCUUGCCCACAUCGCCGAUAAGGACUCGGACAUGAUCCACUCGCGCCUCAUGGACGGCGUCCGUCUCGCCUUUGACCAGGGCGCAGCUGGCCCGGCACUGGCCGCCGCCGCUCCAGUCCUUGCUUCGGCGCCCUGUGACGGCGCCGUCACCCUUCCAGGCCCCUUCUUUGUCCGCCUGUACCAGCUUGUCGCUUCCUCACGCCCACGCCGCUGCGCUUGGCUCGGUGCCCUUGUCCGCACCUUUGAACCGUCGCGCGCUCAGCCGCCGCCGUUUGACUACCUCGUCUUUAUCGCCGGCCUCCUUGCCCAUCUGCCCUACCGCAAGGAGGACGCUGUGCUCUACGUCGUCUACGAGGUCAACCGCCUAGUCGCAUCGGCCGGCGGACUCAUCGAGGGCGCACUUGAGGCUUUUGUCGACGGCAACCCAGAGGUAAGCCCGGUACUCUCUUGCCGCGACGCCAUCAACGCAUCCUCCGCCCUUAUCCUCCUUCUCCGCCUCAAGCGCGGGCUCAAGAUCUUCUACGGCCUCACCGAGGCCAAGUGCGAGGGUUACACCCCGUCGCGCCUCACCAUCGACCGCUCGGCCUCGCCCACCGCCUCCGCAUUUACACUGCCAUCGUUUGGCGAUCCCGAGAUGCCCGACGACACUGCCAUCGCCGCCAACCCACACGCCGCGAGCGCGCUCCACCUCCUCCGCGCCGCCAUCGAGGCCGACGAGGUCUCGGUCAACCCGCUCAUCACCUCGCGCCGCAAGCGCUCACGCGCGUCCACCGGCCACAGCAACAACGAUGACGAUGCCUCGCCCACCAAGCGUGCGCGUGGCUUGAAGUCGACUCGCCGCAAGCCGCUUACAGCCUCUCGCAAGCGCCGCCGCCGUCGCACUGCUGCCGCUGCUCUCGACCUCGACCUCGAUGCCUCGGCCUGUAGCGGCGACGACAGCGACUCGGCCGGCGCCUCGGGCGCCGCCACUCGCCGUGCCUCCAAGCGGCGCAAGACCCGCUCUGCCGCCGCCCUUCGUGCCGUUGCCGCACAGCUCGAGGCCGACGACGAUCCGCUCGUCACUUCGCAGGCGAGCCAGGCCCGCAACGACUCAGAGUCGGACUUUGAGCCCGACUCGGCCGCUGCCUCGGACGACGACGAAGAGUACGAGUACGACGAGUAA